CAAGAUAUUCUUGUGUAGUGUGUGUUUGAUGAGGUGACGAAGACGAGUUUGGAUUUUGUUCGGACGAGUUUGAAAUGAAUUGAAUAUACCUUGUAUGGGAACGUGGUUGGAUUGACUUGUCCAAGGUCUCACAUUAUUUAAUUGCGUAAAAUACUAUGGUUUGGAGGGUGGCCGGUGAGUUCACUUUCUCCUAAAAGAGUGUCGGGGCCAUCUUUUUCCUUUUCAUGCAAGGACAAUCUCCUUGAUAAACGCGAGGGAGAAAGAGAAAGAGAAAGAAAGAAAGAAAGGAUUGUUGUAGCAAUGUGGUGAUUUACAGUGAGCAGCGAGGAGGAGGAGGAGGAGAAAGAAAGAAAGAGCAUUUUUUCCAACACGAACACCAACAUGUUCGAUGGAGUAUCAGACCAGUUCCACCAAUUCAUAGCACCAAGGACCACUCUUCCUCUUCACUUGUCUUUCCCUCUUCAUGCCUCUUCAACUUCCCCAACUACCUUCUUACCCUUUGAUCCCUAUAACCCUUCUCAAUCUCAGCAACACCAUUUUCCACUCCAAACCAAUCUCUUUCACCCAUUGCACCCUCCUUCUCCUCCUACCCACAAACACAAGCUUCCUUCAAUCCACAUUCACACUCACCAAACUCAAUUACCAGACCUAACCGAUUCCUGGUCCAACGAUGAACUCCUUGCACUUUUCAGAAUCAGAUCUACCAUGGAAAAUUGCUUCCCGGAGCACACAUGGGACCAUGUCUCCAGGAAGCUGGCAGAGCUUGGGUUUAAGAAGAGUGCUGAGAAGUGCAAGGAGAAGUUCGAAGAUGAGAGUGGAUAUUUCGACAACGUUAGUAACUACGGCAAGAACAAUUACCGGUUCCUUAGCGAGCUGGAGGAGCUUUGUCAAAACCCUGAUUCGGGUGGUGGUGGUGGUGGUGAAUGUGACGGUGGUGAUGAUGGAAUCGUGAGGAGUGAAAAGACCCUCCUCCACCUUGGAGCAGACAACAUGGGCCAUCGACAAUGUGAUGGAACAGAUGAUAAGGUUGUGGUGGAGAAGUCAAAGGAGCGAAAGAGGAAGAGGCGUGACAGGUUCGAAAUGUUCAAGGGUUUUUGCGAGAGUUUUGUGAACAAGAUGAUGGCUCAACAGGAAGAGAUUCACAACAGGCUCCUGGAGGACAUGGUGAAAAGGGACCAAGAGAAAUUUGCCAGAGAGGAAGCAUGGAAGAAGCAAGAGAUGGAGAAGAUGAACAAGGAGCUUGACAUCAUGGCACAGGAGCAAGCUAUCGCCGGAGACAGACAUGCCACCAUAAUUGAAUUCUUAAAGAAAUGUGCAACGACAACAAUAACAACGUCGACAACUUCAUCUCCUCCAAGCCAAAAUGCCAACGGUUCCAGUCUUCCAAAUCGUUCACUAUUACACUCACUAAACCCUAAUAGUCCUUCCAAUGAAGACAACAACCUCGAUCCAACACCAACGCUUCUGAAUCAUGAUGAAACUAAGUUAAGAGCAGAAAACCCUAGUUCGAGUGAGACAUUAUUACAAGUUCCUUCUUCCUCCAACUCAUCCCCAACUCCCCACAACCCUAGUUCUUCCCUCAAUAGCCAAAACAAUACUAUCCCAUUAGAGUCAAAUUCAGUUUCCACGUACAAGACAACCUCAACAACCCCACCAGGAAGCACUGAGAAUUCGAAAGAUGAUGUUGGGAGAAGAUGGCCAAGGGAUGAAGUGCUAGCACUGAUAAACCUGAGGUGCACGAGUGUAAGUAACAACAACAACAACAACAGCAGUGAAGAAAAAGAAGGAAAUAACAAGGGUCCUCUGUGGGAGAGAAUCUCGCAAGGGAUGUCAGAGGUGGGAUACAAGAGAAGCGCAAAGAGAUGCAAAGAGAAGUGGGAGAACAUAAACAAGUACUUCAGAAAAACUAAGGAUGUUAACAAGAAAAGGUCCCUUAAUUCUAGGACCUGUCCCUAUUUCCAUCAACUGAGUUGCUUGUAUGGUCAGGGAAAAAUCGUGGCAGCACAGUCGGAAAGAGAAGGGAACUACAUGAGUCCAACCGCGAAUUCCGGCCAAGUGCCACCGGAUGUUGAUGAUGAAGAUGAGUCUUCUCAUGUGGGGUCUGGUGGUUUGGAUCAUUAUGCAUGUUAAUUCAUCUCAUGCAGGUCAGAAAAAACUUUGAAAUUAUUAAGUAAUAAUACCUUCUUUGGAUUGUGAUUACUUUCAAAUUCAUUAAUUUCUCCAUUUUAUAAUAACUUCCACUGUUUUCCUUCUUUUCUUUUGGUUUUGCUUUGUGUUGGUGGGAAUUGAAUAUGUAUAUUUUGCAUUUUGGUUAGCACCGACAGCUUGAGGAAGUAGAACAAUGUUUCUCUUCUGUGGAAGACUUUUUAUAAUGGCCCUUCAAUUUAUUUACACCUUCUUUUCAUGA